ACUCGUACAGUCGUACUACGCGUGCUAGUUCACUUCCUUCGGAUCAUCUUGCCAGUUGCCACUAAGCUCUGCCCCCGAGAAGAUGUCUACGGUGACCCGCGCCUACCUCGACCAGAGGCUCGCCGCCGUCGCCAAGCGCUGCUCCAGAGGUACUAACCAAAACGACAUGCUGGCCUGUCGGUUCACCAUGCCGGCAAUGCUCUUGCCGCUCUGUUCUACUAGUACAUUGUAGCCAUUAACAUCCUGCACGACGACCCACUCACCCUGCUGAAACUUGGUCGUCAUUAACAUCCCGGUGUUGAUUCGAAACUGCGGAGGCCACCAUGGCGGGAGCCCAGGCCGCGACCAUCGCCACCGUCGCUGCCGCAGUCCCCACCCUGGCGAGCGUGAGUAUGUUGCCGUGGGCGAGGGCGCACCUGAACCCCACCGGCCAGGCGCUUAUCAUCUCCACGGUCGCUGGGAUGGCCUACUUCAUCGUCGCCGACAAGACCAUGCUGUCCAUGGCCAGAAAGCACUCCUUCGAGGAUGCGCCAGAGCACCUCAAGAACACCUCCUUCCAGUAGUCAGACUAUAAUAGAUCCAUUAGUAGUGCGUAAUAAGCUGUAUACGCCAGCCCGUACGUGUCUGCUGAAAGAUGGUGUAUAACGUUCAGCACUUAUGCGAGAUCAGGCGAGGCUUGCAGACAGUGAGUGGUGUGGUGUAUUGGUCUUCUCUGCGUGCAAUUAGCACUUAUCUGAUCAAGUAAUCAUCAUGUAUCCAGCCAGCAGUAAUCUUGAAUUAAUAACAA